AUGUCAGCUCCCGUGUGGUUUAUCACUGGCACUUCACACGGUUUCGGGCUCCUCCUUAGCCUUCAAGCUCUUCAUGCUGGACAGAAAGUCAUUGGCACAGUCCGGAAUAAGCAGCAUUCACUUGACGCCGUCCAGUCGAUCGAACAAGCAGGUGGCAAUGUCAUCGAGCUUGACAUGACUGAACCACGAGAUAGCAUUAUUGAGAAAGUGCGGACAGCAGAGAAGAUUUACGGUAGAAUCGACUUCCUCAUAAAUAAUGCUGGCUACUCAACUUUGGGACCAAUCGAGUUCUUUACUGAAGACGAUGCUUCCCAUCAGUUCCGAACGAAUGUAUUUGGACCACUCUUCACUAUCCAGGCUGUGCUACCCGGAAUGAGAGCACGCCGCCUCGGAACUAUUGUGAACAUCAGUAGCGUUGCUGGCCAAGAUGCGCUAGCUAGUUGCGGCCUAUACGCUGGGAGCAAAUUUGGCCUUGAAGGUCUAAGUGAGGCUCUGGCGAAAGAGGUCGGCAGUUUGGGCAUCUCAGUUCUCAUUGUCGAGCCAGGAGCGUUUCGUACAAACUUUUGGAAAGCGAGCGUUUUGAGAAACGUCCCGGCAGGUGAAGGGUACGAGGGUACGCCAGUCGAUACUGUCCUAAACAAGUUUCGUGGUUCUGCUGGUAAACAGCCAGGCGACCCGGAAAAAGCAGUAGACAUUAUAUUUCAGGUGGUUACUGGCCAAGGGGCGGCUGGUCAUUUGAAGGGGCAAAUAUUGAGGCUGCCGUUGGGCGAAGACGCAGUUUCUCGUAUUGAAAAGAAGGUUCAAUCGGUAAAGAUAGAUAUCGAACUUUAUCGUAAACUAGCGACUUCUACUGACUUUAGUAAUUAA